AACUUAUUAAAUAGAUAUUGAACAUGAAUCCCAGUGUCGAAGUUCCUAAAAAACGUGGUGGUGGAUUCGCCAAAGAAGUGAAGUUGUCGAAAGAUCUAGCUACUCUGCUGGAGUGCGAUAAAAUACCAAGGUACGAAAUAAUUAAGAAGAUGUGGCAGAUCAUUAGAUCGAGGAAGCUUCAAGAUCCAUCCAAUCGACAGUAUAUCAUGCUCAGAGAUCCUGAUAUGCAAUUGGUCUUCAGCGAAGCGGGGACUGAUCGUAUCAAGGCAUUUAGCAUGAUGAAAUAUCUGAAGGCGCACAUCACUCCUAUUUAGAGCUAGAGUCGGUGCUUCAGACGACACUGUGGUUAGUGAAAUAUGAAAAGAGAGUCAAGAAUUCGCGUCUUUCUACGUGUCUGGCCAAAUUAUCUCCCAACUUUUGCAAUAUGGACUCAGCGUGAAUCUGUUCUAUCUACUUUGUCUAACUCUACGAAAGAUGUUCGAUUUCAAAUGUUUCGUUUGUUGAUCUGAAUCUUUUUGAUGUUAAAAUUGUGCAAUAUUUUGCUUGUUGUUACUCGUUGUAUUUUACUUUAGUUGAACUUCUUAAUAUUGAAACUGCAUAUUAACGUUAGAUGUCUGCUCUUAGAUUUUUAUUGGCUCAUUUCCAGUGUUCCACCUUGUAAAGAUGAAAAAAUAUGCUCCGACUGAGUUCCACUUGCUCGAUAAUUUGACUAAAGAGAAAAAAGAUGAAAAUAUACAAGGUCUGUCUGGAAAUCAGUUUUUUAUUUAACUGUUUUAGUCACGGUAGUGUUAAAAUAUCAAUUGCCUGUUGAAGCCUAAUAUCGAAUAAAAUUUAUCUGAU